AUGUCCUUCCCACAGCUGGGCUACCCCCAGUACCUCAGCGCCGGACAGGCGGCCGUCUAUGGAGGGGACCGGCCGGGAGUCCUGGCGGCGGCGGCAGCUGCAGCGGCGGCAGCUGCGGGAUCCGGGAGGCCGAGCGGAGCGGAGCUGGGGAGCAGUUCUGCGGCCGCCGUCACCUCAGUGCUGGGCAUGUACGCCGCUCCUUACAGCGCCCCCAAUUACAGCGCCUUCCUGCCUUACACCACCGACCUCACCCUCUUCUCUCAGAUGGGAUCACAGUAUGAGCUGAAAGAUAACCCUGGUGUCCACGCUGCCACUUUUGCUGCACAUACUGCCCCAGGUUAUUACCCAUAUGGACAAUUCCAGUAUGGCGACCCAGGCCGGCCUAAAAAACGCCACCAGGGAAAGUACCAGCACAUUGAAGGCCUGGCUGAAUGAGCACAGGAAAAACCCUUACCCCACCAAGGGCGAGAAGAUCAUGUUGGCCAUCAUCACCAAGAUGACCCUCACGCAGGUCUCCACCUGGUUUGCCAAUGCCAGGAGGAGGCUCAAGAAAGAGAACAAGGUGACCUGGGGCUCCAGGAGCAAAGAAGAUGACAAUAUCUUUGGGAGUGAUACCGAAGGGGACCAUGACAAAAAUGAAGACGACGAGGAGAUCGACCUGGAAAGCAUAGACAUUGAUAAAAUAGACGAUAACGAUGGGGAACAGAGCAACGAAGACGAGGACGACAAGCCUGAGCACUUGAGACAGAGCGAUAAAGAAAGUUUCAAAAAGGAAAGCGAUGUCCUGUUGGCAGGGGCUGAUGGACUUAAAUCAAAAGACUCUUUGUCAUUAACGAAAGAACUCUCUGAAAGCAAUAAUACCAGAAUCGUGAGUCCCGGCGGACAGGGGAAUUUACAAGCGUCACCACAUAGCAAACCUAAAAUCUGGUCUUUGGCAGAGACGGCGACCAGUCCUGAUGGUGCCCUCAAGUCCUCUCCUUCUCCUCCUCAAGUAAACCACAGUUUCUCCACCCAUCCAACACCCGGCCUUCUUACCCAGCCAUGGACUAUACACAUGCCAGAUUGGUAAAUUCCACAACUGGACAAACGGUGCUUUCCUUACUCAGAGUUCUCUGAUUAAUAUGAGGUCCUUGUUAGGAGUAAACCACCACCACGCUUCUCAUCACAAUCACCACCACCUCCAGGUCCACCAGCAAGCACCUCUCCUAACAGCCAACUUGGGGUCCAUCAGCAGCGACAAAAGCACAGACAGGACCAGUCCCAAGCAUACAGACAGAGAAAAUGUCCCAAGUACCGAUUCCCCUACACAGUUGAAGUCCUCAUUUCAGGCUGCCAGAGAAAACUCCUUGACACAACAAGAAGGAACAGCUCGCAUAUUAACGGCACUUCCUACAGCCUGA